ACCACUUCUUGUUUCCAUGCAGCGAUAGUAAGUUGACUACUUCUUGUUUCCAUGCAGCGACAGUAAGUUGACUAACUGUACAAGACCUUCCCCUUCACUCUACUGCAGGGUGGGAGAUGCAACAAUGGCCUUGAGAACAGCAGGAAGUGUGUUGGUGGUCUUUCUCUGGUCUGUAGCAGUGGUGCUGGGUCAGGAUGGCUGGAAUGUGACUUACACCAAGAAUAGAAUCUGUGUCUUGAAGGGGUCUUCAGUGGAGCUGUCCUGCUCUUACACAUAUCCCAGUGGUCAUACAGUCACAACAGCCUUCUGGUUCACUGAAUUGGGGACUGGUGUAGAACCUGACAGUCUAGGUCAGGACCCAGAGUAUUCAGGUCGUCUGGAGUAUCAUGGAGACAAGAAGAAUGGUCAAAGCCUGAAAAUAACAGACCUGGGAGAGAGUGACUCUGCUGAGUACAAGUUCAGAUUUAUGACAAAUCAGGAAGGAGGGAAAUAUAUGGGCAGUCCUGGAGUCACUCUGUCUGUCACAGGUCUUCAGGUGAAGGUGACUGGUGGACAUCAGGAUAAGACACUGACCUGUAGCACCACCUGUACUCUGACUGACAACCCCACCUACAUCUGGUACAAGAACGGACACAAAGUAAAGGAGGACACUUCCAGCCUGUACUCAGACUCCUUUAGUGAUGCAGACAGGUACUCCUGUGCUAUAAAAGGCCAUGAGGAUCUCCACUCUCCUGCAGUCUGUCAGAACUGUUGGAUUGUGACUUACACCCAUCAGAGUAUCUGUGCCUUGAAGGGGUCAACAGUGGACAUAUCCUGCUCUUACACAUAUCCCAUUGAUCAUGAGAUCAAAACAACUUUCUGGUUUACUAAAUGGGAGUCUGAUAUGGAUCCUGAAGAUCUGAGCUCAGUCCCAGGAUAUGAGGGUCAUAUAGAGUACCUUGGGGAUAAGAAGAGUGAGGGUACCCUGAGAAUCACAGACCUGAGAUUGAGUGACUCUGCUGGGUACAGAUUCAGAUUAAUAACAUCUGGAGAUAAGUUUGCUGGCUCACCUGUCUCCCUGACUGUCACAGAUGUUGUGUUGGAGAUGGUUCCUACAUCUGUGUCAGAGAGUGAGAGUGUCACACUGACAUGUAGAACCAAAUGUACGAUGGACCCAAUCGCAGCAUUUAUUUGGUAUAAGAAUGGACAACCUAUACCAAACAGCAACACCUACUCUCUUGUCUAUAGCCUAUUCUCAGUCAGCAGUGAGGAUACAGGCAGAUACUCCUGUGCUGUAGAAGGCCAUGAGGAUCUCCCCUCUGGUGAAGAGACUCUCACGGUCAGAUAUGGACCAAGGAACACCUCAGUAUCCGUCAGUCCCUCUGGUGAAAUAGUGGAGGGCAGUUCAGUGACUCUGACCUGCAGCAGUGAUGCCAACCCACCUGUGGACAAAUACACCUGGUACAAGAAGAACGUAGCCUCACCAAAAGCAUCAGGACAGAGUUACAGCAUCACUAACAUCAGCUCUGAGGACAGAGGAGAAUACUACUGUGAAGCUAGAAACAUUAAAGGGACAGAGACUUCCAUCCCUGUCCAUAUUAAUGUUAUGUCAGUGUUUCCCUGGGUUCCUGUGAUGGGGGUGGGGGCUGUCCUGACUGCUGGAGCUCUGCUCCUCACCAUCUACUGCUAUAUGAAGAGGAGAUCCACAGGAGGAAAUGAUGCAACAACAGACACACAGAGUGUCCACCAUGACCCUAACAGUGACACGUACACAGGUCUGAACGUGAGGACCAGUUCAACUGACUACGACACUCUGGCAAGUGUCCAUCCUGACCCUAACAGUGACAUGUGCACAUCUAUGAAGAAGAAGACCAGAUCACCAGAGUGACACCCUGGGAGUGUGUGUGUGUGUGUGUGUGUGUGUGUGUGUGUGUGUGUGUGUGUGUGUGUGUGUGUGUGUGUGUGUGUGUGUGUGUGUGUGUGUGCGUGUGUGUGUGUAAGUGUCCAUAAACACUUCAUGAAGUGCGGUGUAAAGUGUUCAUUCAGUGUGUCUUCUUUCAGAUUAAGGGACUCCUCUGUGACACAGACCCUCAGAUAGAUGCUGAGCCCUCCGAUUAUCAGAACUGAAGCAAACCACCACAGAACCUGGACAGUGACACAGACCCUCAGAUAGAUGCUGAGCCCUCCGAUUAUCAGAACUGAAGCAAACCACCACAGAACCUGGACAGUGACACAGACCCUCAGAUAGAUGUUGAGCCCUCCGAUUAUCAGAACUGAAGAGAACCACCACAGAACCUGGACUGAAGUCAACCAACACAGAACCUGGACUGUAGAGAACCAUAACAGAACCUGGUCCGAAGAGAACCCCCAAUGUUUUUUCCUUGUAAUGUUAAUUAAAUAUAUUGAAGAUAAAUAGGCUGGAUUAUACUUUUACUCUUUUAUAAUGGGACAUUUCCCCCCAAAAUGUCCAAAGUUAUUCUCAUGUAGUAAUGAAAACAACAAUGAAGGCGAUGCGGGCACCAGCUGGAAAUUGUGAAAAAGUUUGUGCAGGUCCUGUUCUGACUGGAGAUGCGCAAAUGUCUGCAUACUUGAUCUGCGGAAACAAUUGGGAGGUGCUUGGGAAAGUUCGUCAGGCUCAGUAAUUCCCCAAAAACUGAAUUGUCAGCAAAAGUGAAAUGGCCUACUUUUAUGUGAAAUAAUGAGGACCCCAACUCAAACUGUUGUUAGAAAAUAAAACUUGUUAGAAAAUCAUAUGAAUUUGACAAGUUGAAACAGCCUAUACAUAAAAGCAGGCAGCGUGCCUUAGUUUGAGGGCAGCGCGGAUUAAGACAUUAACCUUUUCACAUGAGUUCCAAUAUCUCUAACGGUUGCCCCAGCAUAAGUUUUUUAUGCACGUGAUGUCAGAAUGCCCUCACUGUUCCAAAAUGUCAUUGUUACGCAACAGGACA